GGGAUGGCUGGGAUGAAGCUCCAUCUACCUCGUAGGCUUGUACUUUUCCAAACGCUCACCAAAAGUGAAGUGUUUGACGGUCACGUAGAUGGGAGACAACGUUGGCAACAUUUAAAAUUAUUUCCUCGGCUAACACGGGGCUUAUGUGUGUCCAUCACCCGGGCAAGACAUCGUAUUUAUUAGAGCCUCAAUACCUCAAGACACCCAAGGCCAUAGUCAACUCGUUUCCCUUAAAUGUUCCUCAUUCUCUCAUACCUCAUUCUCCCACUUUCCAUCUUCAUCCAACUAGACUACACAUCUCCUUCUCUCAUCGUACCUCUUGCUACAUCCGCUCAACGGCACUAUGGGCUCAUUCGGGACAUCUCUCCCUGGCCUUGCGGGCAAUGUCCCCGUUGCCACGCUCCCAACAAUCAAUUACCGGCUGCUGUUGAAUUGUGAUGAAGCUGAGAUGGCAAAACUCCUGUCUGUUUCGAUCCGUGAAGGCUUCUUUUAUCUCGACCUGGAAGAUGAAGACGUAUCGCAAACUACAUGCGGCUACAUUGAUCAAAUAUACAACUUCAUGCGCACAUGGUUCAACCAGGACUUGGAGAUUAAGCUGCAGGACCUGCAAUCCAAUUACACAGAUGGGUAUAAGGCGACCGGUUUCUUUGCCGGGCCCUACGAUGGCACUCGUGACGCGUACGAAAGCCUCAAGGUUUCCCACAAGGGUAUCAAGGCACCUGAAGCAUCUGUACCCGCCGCCAUUCAGUCUGAGCGAGCCCUCUUCGAGGCUUAUCUCACACGAGCAAACAGCAUCGCCCGGCAGCUGCUGAGCGCGCUCUCGACGGCGAGCGGCCUCCCGCCCGCAGAGCGCUUCGAAAACUUCCACCAAACAAGCGAAGACUCCAACUCGGUGCUGGUACUCCUACGCUACCCAUACGUGCCGCCCGCAGAGCAAUCCAAAACCGUCGGCCACAACAAGCACACCGACAUUGGCAGCAUCACUGUCCUCUUCACCGACCAGUGGGGCCUGCAGGUGAUGGCGGCGGACUCGCAGCAAUGGCAGUGGGUGGCGCCGCGCCGCAACUGCGCCAUCAUCAACGUUGGCGACUCCUUGCGUUUUCUGUCGCAGAAGAAGCUCAAGUCUUGCCUCCACCGCGUGGUUCCCGUUGACGGGCAGACUAGCGAUCGGUAUACAAUCGCGUAUUUCUUGCGGCCGGACAACCGCGUGUCGUUUAUUGAUAGCAAUGGGGCACAUGUUACUGCCCAGCACUGGCAUGAUGUCAAGUAUGAGGUGUUUCGGGCUACGCAGGAGGAGCAGCGUCGGGAUACGAUUCUCACGGGGGGGCUAGAGCCUGCGGUGGCCUCUGGGGUUUAGUAACUCUGUUUACUCGUAUUUACAUUAUACAACAAGCGAAAUAGUAUCCUGUAUUUACACUUAAUGAUCCAGGCAAGGGUCAUUGCUACAUCCUAAUUCCACUCUUUCUGCUGUCCCAAAAGUAGAACAAAGUCUUACAAAGGC